AUGGUGGGCCGGCUGAGCCUGCAGGAUGUGCCCGAGCUCGUGGACACGAAGAAGAAGGGCGACGGCGUCCUGGACAGCCCGGACUCGGGGCUGCCCCCCAGCCCCAGCCCCAGCCACUGGGGGCUCGCGGCGGCCGGGGGCGGCGGCGGCGGCGGCGGGGAACGCGCGCCCGCACCCGGGGUGCUGGAGCCCGACGCGGCGGCGACCCCCGCGGCCCCGAAUCCGUCAUCUCUCCCCAGUGCCCCGCCCUCUGGCUGCUCCCCAAGGUUAUGCCCCCUGUCCUUUGGCGAAGGAGUGGAGUUUGACCCCUUACCACCGAAGGAAGUAAGGUACACUUCCUCGGUCAAGUAUGACUCAGAGCGGCACUUCAUCGAUGACGUGCAGCUGCCCCUGGGCCUGGCAGUGGCCUCCUGCAGCCAGACAGUCACCUGCAUCCCCAAUUGCACAUGGCGCAACUAUAAGGCUGAGGUGCGCUUUGAGCCCCGCCACAAGCCCACACGCUUCCUCAGCACCACCAUCAUCUACCCCAAGUACCCCAAGACCAUCUACACCACCACCCUGGAUUACAACUGCCGCAAGACGUUGAGGAGGUUUCUGUCCAGCGUGGAGCUGGAAGCCACAGAGUUCCUGGGCAGCGGUUACCUCUCUGAUGAAUGCUGACUCGAGCAGGCUGGGUUGGGGCUGGACCAGCUCUUCCACUGCCCUGGGCGACCCUGGUCACUUCAGGCAACGCUGGCCCUGCAUGUCA